AGAGGGGCGGAGUGCUGCGGGCGGGCGAGCCGGGAGGGAAAGCCCGGCGGGCUCCGCGCCGCCGCCCGCUGCACGGCGCGCUCUCCGGACCGCCAACCCGUACGGCCCCGCAGCCUUCCGGGAAGAAGCGGCGCAGGCGGCGGCCGCAGCGCGCGCUCGGGCUCCCUCACCUGCCGGCGUCCGGCGGCUCCCCCGGCGGGACGCGCGCAGGCCGGGCGCGGAGGAGGAGAGAAGACCGGCCGCCCGCGCCGCAGCCCAGCCGCCCGGGAGCGCCUCCGAGCCCUCGCGGGGCGCCGGCUCCAUGGCGACCGGGCUCGGGGAGGAGAUCUACGGACUUUCGGAAGAUGAGGGCGAGUCACGUAUUCUCAGAGUGAAGGUUGUUUCUGGAAUUGAUCUCGCCAAAAAGGACAUCUUUGGGGCCAGUGAUCCGUAUGUGAAACUUUCAUUGUACGUAGCAGAUGAGAACAGAGAACUCGCUUUGGUACAGACAAAAACAAUUAAAAAGACGCUGAACCCAAAGUGGAAUGAAGAAUUUUAUUUUAGAGUAAACCCAUCUAAUCACAGACUCCUGUUUGAAGUAUUUGAUGAAAAUAGAUUGACCCGAGACGACUUCCUGGGACAGGUGGACAUACCCCUGAAUCAUCUCCCGACCGAAGAUCCGACCAUGGAGCGACCCUAUACAUUUAAGGAUUUUCUCCUUAGACCAAGAAGUCAUAAAUCUCGAGUUAAGGGAUUUUUGCGAUUGAAAAUGGCCUAUAUGCCAAAAAAUGGAGGUCAAGAUGAAGAAAACAGUGAGCAGAGAGAGGACAUGGAGCAUGGCUGGGAGGUCGUGGACUCGAAUGACUCGGCCUCCCAGCACCAGGAGGAGCUUCCCCCGCCUCCACUGCCUCCCGGCUGGGAAGAGAAAGUGGACAAUCUGGGUCGUACCUAUUACGUCAACCACAACAACCGGACCACUCAGUGGCACCGACCAAGCUUAAUGGAUGUGGCCUCUGAGUCGGACAGCAACAUCAGGCAGAUCAACCAGGAGGCCGCGCACCGACGCUUCCGCUCGCGCAGACACAUCAGUGAGGACCUGGAGCCGGAGCCCAGCGAGGGCGGAGACGGCCCAGAGCCUUGGGAGACCAUUUCCGAGGAAGUGAACAUCACUGGAGACUCCCUCAGUCUGUCACUGCCCCCUCCGCCGUCCUCUCCAGUGUCCCGGACCAGCCCUCAGGAGCUGUCUGAGGAGCUGAGCAGAAGGCUUCAGAUCACUCCAGACUCCAAUGGGGAGCAGUUUGGUUCUUUGAUCCAAAGAGAACCGUCCUCAAGGUUGCGGUCCUGCAGCGUGACGGACACCGUUGCCGAGCAAGCUCAUCUACCACCGCCAAGUGCCCCAGCUAGGAGAGCGCGUUCAUCAACUGUCACAGGUGGUGAGGAGCCAACGCCAUCAGUGGCCUAUGCACAUACCACGCCGGGCCUACCUUCAGGCUGGGAAGAACGAAAAGAUGCUAAGGGACGCACAUACUAUGUCAAUCAUAACAAUCGAACCACAACUUGGACUCGACCUAUCAUGCAGCUCGCAGAAGAUGGUGCAUCCGGAUCCGCCACAAACAGUAACAACCACCUAAUCGAGCCUCAGAUCCGCCGGCCCCGUAGCCUCAGCUCGCCGACUGUAACCUUAUCUGCCCCACUGGAGGGUGCCAAGGAUUCACCCGUACGUCGGGCUGUGAAAGAUACCCUUUCCAAUCCACAGUCCCCACAGCCAUCACCUUACAACUCCCCUAAACCACAACACAAAGUCACACAGAGCUUCCUGCCACCCGGCUGGGAAAUGAGGAUAGCACCAAACGGCCGGCCCUUCUUCAUUGACCAUAACACAAAGACUACAACGUGGGAAGAUCCACGCCUGAAAUUUCCAGUUCAUAUGCGGUCAAAGGCCUCUUUAAACCCCAAUGACCUUGGCCCUCUUCCUCCUGGUUGGGAAGAAAGAAUUCACUUGGAUGGCCGAACAUUUUAUAUUGACCAUAAUAGCAAAAUUACUCAGUGGGAAGACCCAAGACUGCAGAAUCCAGCUAUUACUGGUCCGGCUGUUCCUUACUCCAGAGAAUUUAAGCAGAAAUAUGACUACUUUAGGAAGAAAUUAAAGAAACCUGCUGAUAUUCCGAAUAGGUUUGAAAUGAAACUUCACAGAAAUAACAUCUUUGAAGAGUCCUAUCGGAGAAUCAUGUCUGUGAAAAGACCAGAUGUCCUGAAAGCUAGACUGUGGAUCGAAUUUGAAUCGGAGAAAGGUCUUGACUAUGGGGGUGUGGCCAGAGAGUGGUUCUUCCUACUGUCCAAAGAGAUGUUCAACCCCUACUAUGGGCUUUUUGAGUACUCUGCGACGGACAACUACACGCUUCAGAUCAAUCCCAAUUCAGGCCUCUGUAAUGAAGACCAUUUGUCUUACUUCACUUUUAUCGGAAGAGUUGCUGGUCUGGCAGUGUUUCACGGGAAGCUUUUAGAUGGUUUCUUCAUUAGACCAUUUUACAAAAUGAUGCUGGGAAAGCAGAUAACCCUGAAUGACAUGGAAUCUGUGGAUAGUGAAUAUUACAACUCUUUGAAAUGGAUCUUGGAAAAUGAUCCCACUGAACUGGACCUCAUGUUCUGUAUCGAUGAAGAAAACUUUGGACAGACCUAUCAAGUGGAUCUGAAGCCCAAUGGGUCAGAAAUAAUGGUAACAAAUGAAAACAAAAGGGAAUAUAUUGACUUAGUCAUCCAGUGGAGGUUUGUGAACAGGGUCCAGAAGCAAAUGAACGCCUUCUUGGAGGGAUUCACAGAACUGCUUCCUAUUGAUCUGAUUAAAAUUUUUGAUGAAAAUGAGCUGGAGUUGCUGAUGUGCGGCCUUGGCGACGUGGACGUGAACGACUGGAGACAACAUUCUAUCUAUAAGAAUGGCUAUUGCCCAAACCACCCUGUCAUUCAGUGGUUCUGGAAGGCCGUGCUGCUCAUGGACGCGGAGAAGCGGAUCCGGCUACUGCAGUUUGUCACGGGGACGUCGCGAGUACCCAUGAAUGGGUUCGCCGAACUUUAUGGUUCCAAUGGUCCUCAGCUGUUUACAAUAGAGCAAUGGGGGAGUCCUGAAAAACUGCCCAGAGCUCACACGUGCUUUAAUCGCCUUGACUUACCUCCGUAUGAAACCUUCGAAGAUUUACGAGAGAAACUUCUCAUGGCCGUGGAAAACGCUCAAGGAUUCGAGGGGGUGGAUUAAGCUCCCCCCUCCUCGGGGUGGUUGUUCAUCGAGCGAGUCCUGCUUGCACUUUUGCAUUUGCCCAACACCCGACUUUGCAGAGACCGAGGCGGAAGAGCGGCCGCACACGGCGGCCUGGCUCCCGGGGCGGGGCCUCCACCCGCGACUUGCCCAGGUUCAGACGUGGGAGCCCGGUCCCAGGUCGCGUUCCUGCAUUUUCCACCACGAAUUAUCAACUGGUUGAUGUGUACACUAAUAACAUUUCAGGAGGACUUAUUCUAUUUAUGUUGUGCCUCUGUAGGCAAAUCCCUUAAUAAAUAUUUUACAUACUUUAUAAUGACAAUGAAUGGGAUUAAUCACUCUACAGGUAUAGUAUUACAACUCAUGUUUACUUUUUAAAAUGAUUUAGACCGAUUUUCAGAUUUUAUUUCAUUACAAUUAAAGAUGUCUCGUGUACUUGGAAAA